GCAUCAGAUACGACUCCUCUUGCGCAGAGCAACGAUCAACCGGAUAACACUUCAAAAGACGCGGAGCAGAACGCUCUAUUCCAAUCUCUUCAUGCGCAAUGUCACUCCCAUACCCGCCUCACUGCACAGGGCUAUACAAUGACCUCUAUAGCAUCGCUCGGGAGCCACUCAUGCAAGGGAAUCAUACGGCGUGAUCUGUUCAGGCACCCCUCACCCCCGGGAGCGGAUGCAUCUGGUUGUCGGAAAGGCAGGCAAGCAGUGGUAAUCGACUACAAGAUCGUGCAGGUAACACGCGGCCGGUGGGAGAUUGCCUACCUCGGUGCUGUCGACUUUCUAACUGGCGAGGUCCUGAUCAAUCGAUUCGUGGCACCACGGGGUCGGGUGACAAGCUGGGACACGAAAAACAGUGGCAUCACGCCCUCCGCGAUGGCGGCUGCAAUAGAAAGUGGACAAGCCCUGCGUGGGUGGCUGAGAGCUCGCUGGGAGUUAUGGAAGUAUGUCGACAGCGAUACCGUUCUGAUCGGACACUUUUUAAACAAUGGUCUCGAUACACUGGGCAUGAUCCAUUCUCGGGUCGUUGAUUUGGCGAUUCUCACGGCAGAGGCUGUAUUUCAUACUCUCUGUCCCGCUGAACCUCUCACUCGGAUCUGGGGUCUCAAGGCUCUGGCGGGGGAUUUGCUGGCUCGGAAGGUCCAGGGCGGUCGCAAAGGACAUGGUGUGGUUGAAGAUGCGAUCACUAUUAGGGAUGUGGUUAUUUGGUGCUUGAAAUAUCCGGAUCUUCUUUGCAGCUGGGCGGAGAAGACCAGAACCUAUCACGAUAUGCAGGAGGAGAUGAAGAAAGAGGGAAAGACGAAGAAGGACAAAGCUGGAAGAAAGCCAGACAAGGUGAAGAAAGCGAAGUAG